UCGGUACUCUUGUCAAAAUUUGUGUCUAGAGAUUCUUCGAGACAUUCUGUGUGUAGAGAUUCUUUGAGGCCACCUUGUCUCGAAUGGUGCCUUGUUUCUUGGUAAAGUUUGGGAGUUGUGGUCUCCGUCUCCGUGGAUCCUUGUUUAUGGUGGAGAUAUCUACUCUCAAGUAAUUGGUUGCCCAAACAUCUCUCCGGUCUUUUGGAAAUACAAUCCUCAUUGAUCUGACCAUUGCACCAUGCUCCCCUUGAAGCCUAAGUCAUGGACUCCAACAUUCUGUAUACAUUGGGUGAAUUCUUGUAUCUCCUGAACCCCAACAGUUAAUUCACCAUAUUUUUCUUCAAGUGAUGUAAUAAUAUUGAAACUCCCUCCAGUUUAAUUCACCAAAGACGUGCAAUCAUCCAAAUGAAGAACUUUGAGGUGGUUUACAUGAAGGAAGAAGAGAGUUCUCAAAAGUAUUCUAUUUUCCCAUUUUAUUUUAUGUGAACGGAUAUGAAGAAUGAUGGAAUUGCUGCUGCAAACAUUUCUGCUUUACAUUGUAUCGAUCUCUCCAGCCCUGACAUUCAUACCUCUGUUACUCUCCUCAAACAGGCUUGCUUAGAUUCAGGAUUUUUCUAUGUUGUCAAUCAUGGUAUUAGCCAGGAGUUUAUGGAUGAGGUUUUCACUCAAAGAAAAAAGCUCUUUGAUCUUCCUUUGGAAGAGAAGAUGAAGCUUCUUAGAAAUGAAAAACAUCGGGGCUACACUCCUAGUCUAGAUGAACAUUUGGAUCCUGACAAUCAAAUAAAUGGUGACUAUAAGGAGGGAUAUUACAUUGGUGUUGAAAUACCCGAAGAUGAUCCUGAAUCUCAGAGACCAUUUUAUGGGUCAAAUGUGUGGCCUACUGCAGGUACCUUGCCUGGAUGGAAGGAAACUAUGGAGAAGUAUCAUCAAGAGGCACUUGAGGUGACAAAAGCAGUAUCAAGGCUCAUAGCCCUUGCACUUGAUCUUGAUGUUGACUUUUUUGAUCGGCCAGAGUUUCUUGGCAGACCAAUUGCUAUUUUGCGCCUACUGCAUUAUGAAGGCAAACUUUCUGAUCCAUCAAAUGGAAUUUUUGGAGCUGGUGCACAUUCUGACUAUGGUCUGAUAACUCUUUUGGCCACAGAUGAUGUCUCUGGCCUUCAGAUAUGCAAGGAUAAGGAUGCAGAGCCUCAGAUUUGGGAGUAUGUGCCACCAUUGAGAGGUGCUUUUGUAGUGAAUCUUGGUGAUAUGCUUGAGCGCUGGAGUAAUGGUAUUUUCAGGUCAACACUGCAUCGGGUCCUUGGAAAUGGUCAAGAAAGAUUUUCUAUUGCAUAUUUUGUGGAGCCAAGUCACGACUGUCUUGUUGAAUGCUUGCCAACCUGCCAAUCAAAAGUCAACCCACCGAGGUAUCCUCCAAUCAAAUGCGAGACCUACUUGCUCCAGCGUUACAAAGACACUCAUGCUGAUAGAAAUUCUUACAAAUGAGAUUCUUGGUAACUGCUAAAAUACAAAUGCCACCGCAACAUUUCUUGCACAUAUGGUUUAAUGUUCGACACUAUGGUUUUAUCUGUAUCUGAAGUUACUUGAGAAUGUGUGUGAUAGAAUUGUAUAAUGGUUUAUAAUUCACCAUGGAAUAGGUACAUUUAUACAACUUUGCUUACUUUUGCUAUCUACUCAUCCACUUUUGUAAAUCAGGGAACAACUGUUGUACAAAGACUUCUACAGAUAAUACUUUUUAGUUUUUAGUGAGUCAUUCCUAUAUGCAAUGAUGGAGGAGCUGGGAUCAGCA